AUGGACUAUACAUUACACUUGUCAAACACAAGUCAUACAAAUCAUCCACAAGUUAGAGGGCAUUUUGGAGGUUUCGUUUCGCCAAUUUCUUCUUCUACAAGUAACACAAGUAACUCCAACAUCAAUAAUAAUGUUAAUAAUCCUAGCAAUAUGAUGGGAGGAAAAAAAAGGGUUAGAAGUGAUAAUCGAAUGAAUUUAGUUGAUAAUAAUAAUGAUGACAAAUUUAAAUUAAUCUCAUCAUUGUCACUUGCUUCUUCUUCUCCUCUAAUGGAUUGUGACGAGCAACAAUUUAGUUUGAAUGAAGAAUUAGACGAGGAAAACAUGAUAACAAGUUCAUUGUCAUCAUCAAUAACUUUAACGUCACAAUUAACACCACCAUUUACCAUGGGACCACGAACCGAUUGUGAAAAAUGUCAACUACAUGUCCGAGGUCAUUUUAUUCAUGUUAUUCAUCCAUCUAACAAUAACAACAACAAUAAUUAA